AGUGUUGCUCAAUAAGCUCUGAAGUACAAAACGAGAUUGUAGAUUAAUAACACCCGGUAUUUCAGUAGUUGGUUAAAAUCAGGGUUAACUAACCUUGGUUAAAUUUUAACCAAAACUUUAACCAAGAACCGGUAUUUCAGUGUCGAAAAUUUGGUUAAGUAUAUUCUGGUUAACUAACCAUUAUUUCUCUUAAGUUGGUAUCGUAAUUGGUCUACCAGUUGAAAAGAGCAUGUGCGAGGAUAUAUUCUUUCAUAUUUUGGUGGGCGUGUAGGCGUUUUUAUAACCUCACUUUUGCUUUAUUUACAUUUUGAUUGUGAAAGUGUUGUUUCUUUUUAAGUGAAUCGUGUGAAAAAUAAUUUAAAAAAAUGGCAAAUAUUUACUCUUCUAGCGAUAGUGACUCAGACGAUGAGCAAGUUAUUAAUUUUGUUGUCCGCUUGGGACGAAUUCGCAAAGUUCCUAGAAUACAGAUACGAAAGGACCAUUUUAAUUACUGGGACGACCAAGAAUUUUAUUGUAGGUUCAGACUGUCAAAAGAAUCUGUAACAAAUUUGUUACAUUCAAUUCAUGAUGUCAUAAAGCAUCCGACAAAUUGGAAUCACGCUCUUACAUCAAUGGAAAUGUUGUUAAUUACACUCCGAUUUUUCGCGACAGGCAGUUUCUUAAUUGUAAUUGGAGAUUUUGGAGGUGUUCACAAGAGUACUGUGGGAAAAGCAAUAAACAGAGUUACAAGAGCUAUUGCAAAUUUGCGGGAAGAAUACAUAAAAUUUCCUCAAACAGAAGAAGAAAUCUCUAUAGUGCAGCAAGGUUUUUAUCAACUUGCAAGAUUCCCACGAGUUGUUGGUGCUUUAGAUUGCACACAUAUCAAAAUAAAGUCACCGGGUGGAGAAAAUGCUGAAAUUUAUCGCAAUCGGAAAAAUUUUUUCUCCCUGAAUGUGCAAACAAUUGCUGCUUCUAAUUUAAAAAUAAUAAAUAUUGUAGCAAGAUGGCCCGGUUCUGCUCACGACUCAACAAUUUUUAGAAAUUCUGAGAUUUGCAGAAAAUUUCAAAAUGCAGAAAUGGAGCGUGCAAUACUUGUUGGGGAUGCAGGUUACCCUAUUCAAAAUUUUUUAAUGACGCCAUUGGCAGUGACAAAUACAAUUGCUCAAAAUUUAUAUAACGAGUCACUGAUUAGAACACGAAACCCAGUUGAACGUUCUUAUGGUGUUUGGAAACGACGCUUCCCGAUUUUAAGCAAUGGCAUAAAUCUACACCUACGAAUGGUUCCCUGGGUAAUUGUAGCCACAGCAGUCUUGCAUAAUAUCGCAAUUUUAAACGACGAAGAUGAACCACCUCCCUUAAAUCUCGAAGAGCAAAGAGCUUUUGAUUUGGCAGAUGAUGUACCAGUUGCUGAUGAUGUAAAUAGAAAUAAUAACAACAGAGCAAGAAAUGAAUUCAUUGCAUAUUUUGCAAAUUUGUAAAUUUACAUACAUAAUGUAGAAGUUUAUAAAUUAUUUCUAAAUUCAUUAAAUGCAAUUUCAGCUCAUGUUCCGCUCUAUGCUUUAGUUGGUUUAGUAUUUUUCAUUGUUCACAUCACUUAUGUAUUCAUCUAACCAAGUAAAUAAAAACAAAAUUAUAUGAAA